CGGAGAGAGAGCUCCGCGGCGCAGUUCGACAAGGGCGUGAGAGCUAAACGGAGGGUUGGGAAUUAGGAUUUUUCGUCAGUGAGCGGGUAGGAGGGUGAGACCGGGGGGUGAGGGGAGUGAGCUCGUCUUUACAAAGAGCCGGGAGGUGACGAGGACAGAAGCGCUCCGGACGCCGCGGAGAGCGCUCGUCACGCUGCAACAGAAAUAAUACGUCACACAGACCAUUCGCGAGAUCACAAGACGCUGGUCUUCAUUGGUCUCCUAAACAAUUACAUUAACGGAACAGACUACUAUCGAUAUCAUCCAACUUAGUUGACUCGAAAACAUCGUUCAGUGGUUCAGAACUUUAUUAAAGUGACUUGGAAGAGACGGCCAGAGUCCGAGAAAUCCUUGAAGUCCGACAAGUCCGAGAAGUCCGCUGUGAAUGAGCGACGAUGAAGUGGAUGAAUGAUCUUAAUUCGAGAGUUUGUUGAAUGAGCUUCAUUACGAUGCAAGCGAUGAGCGCUAACGCGAGCGCUCCGCGGGCGCCGCAGAGGUCGCCGUUCGCCAUCCAGGAGCUGCUCGGUCUGUCCGACAACAGAGAGUCCCGGGACAGAUACUUCGAGUCCCGGGACGACAGGGUCCUCAACCUGUCCGAGAGCCGUGAGCCUCGUUCUCCCUACACGCCUCAGUUCCCCCUGCCGGCCUCGGUGGCCAGUCGUGUCGCCUACGCCGCCGCUUUCAACGCCCAGGCCGCCGUCGCCGCAGCCUUCCUCCCGGGCCCGCCGCUCCUCCAUCCUCCUCCCGGAUUCCCGCAGAUCAAGUCGCCGUACAGUCCCAACGCCCAGCCUCAUCUCACCGCCGCUCGACAAUUUUAUUCAGGAGUAUCAUCCAUAGAAGCAGCGAAAGACUUCACGGUCGACGGUCUGACGGGCUAUAACGGGAAGAAGAAGAAGAAAAAACGUAGACACAGCAGGACGAUCUUCACUUCUUAUCAGCUGGAUGAACUUGAGAAGGCCUUUAAGGAUGCUCAUUACCCAGAUGUAUAUGCCCGAGAGAUGUUGUCACUCAAGACAGAUCUCCCUGAAGACAGGAUACAGGUUUGGUUCCAAAACCGUCGAGCGAAGUGGCGGAAGACGGAGAAGUGUUGGGGACGGUCCACCAUCAUGGCAGAGUACGGGCUUUACGGGGCCAUGGUGCGACACUCGCUGCCGCUACCGGAGACGAUCCUCAAGAGCGCUAAAGAGAACGACAACGUGGCACCCUGGCUGCUCGGCAUGCACCGCAAGUCGCUGGAGGCGGCCCAACACCUCAAGGAGUCAGGGUCGGAGCGCGAGGGGUCCGAGGCGGAGGCCGACCGCGCGCCCUCCGCCUCCCCGCACCCACAUGAUCAUCACGAGACCCAGGCCCAGAGUUCUCCGGGCAGCAGCACGACCGCGUCGUCGUCUGCGAAGGGCCGCGCGUCCCCAGAGCCUCCCCUCUACGACGAUCCUGAAGCCUUCCGCAACAACAGCAUCGCCUGUCUCCGGGCCAAGGCACAGGAACACCAGGCCAGGCUACUGUCCAACAACUUGUUACUCCAGGACUAUUUCCACUUGCAGGUGCGCGGUCUCCAGCGAGCGGGCAGCGCGGGCGCGCCGGUCGACGACGACGGCCCCAACGACAUCGACGUCGGCACCGAGCCUCCGCCCCUCGACGCACGCCUCUACUGACUUGUGACACCUGUCAAAUGUCAACUGUCAGCUGUCAUGUAUGUAGUGCCUACUACCGGAACUAUCACUCGAGUGUAAUUAUGUACAUUGUACAAGUAUCCGACGAUCCCCAGUUUUUCGUGCAAUACCCUUAGUUAAGUAUUUAUCCGUUUAGCUGUUGUGUUAGAAUUGUAUAAAGUUCGCCCGGCUAUAGUUGUGACUAUCCUCUAUGAAACUUAUAGAUAUGUCGUAAGUGAUUAAGACUUUAAAUCGAAUAGAUUCUUUAAAAAUAAUCGGUACUAAAUAACUCUUAAGUAUAUUGUAAAUGUUGGAUGCCUAAGAAAAUUAUUGUGUCUUAUCGGUUCAUGUUCGAAGAGCGAAUCAAAAUUCGUUUUUCUCUGUAAACUUUAAUGAGCGACUCUGUUGUACAAUAUAUUUUUAUUAUAAAUUGUAUAAAUUAAUUGUAUAGCAUUGACGCUAAAUAUUCUUAAGAUAAAUAAAAUUAUACUUACAUUACUGGCUGAAAUAUAUUAUAUGGAAUGUAAAUUUAGUUAUGUAAUAUAAAAUAAGUACAUACUUAAUAUAUUGAAACCCAAGUUUAAUAAUAAUAAUGAAAACUGGCUCUAAAGACAACUCUCUCUAUUGUUAAAAAAAAAAUACAAUCAGUAGAAAUCAGCUCGGACGCCGCAACAUGAACUAAGUUGUCUUGAAUUUCGAUAUUAUAUAUGUUGUAAAUAAUUCUUUCAAAUAACAAUUAAUUAAGUAAUGAAUUGUCAACGACUUUGUGAAAUAGUGAUAUAAGUAGAAUGUGUGUAUUAAAUAAAUUUUAUAACGAAACGAAUCAACGAAGAUUAUCAGGCCUCGCUGGACUCCAUACUGGAUUGUUUGUCUGUGAACGGUGUCGUCUGUAAAUGUUAAGUUUAAGGCACUAAUAUUGUUUUGAACAUUCCGAAAUAAUACGAAAAACUUAAAUUUAUUAUAUUACGAGGGAAAUUUUAAUGAUUGAAAUUACUUCACUUAAACCUUCAACUAAACUUUAA